AUGAAUGCACAGGUGGAGCACCUAGUCAAGAAGACCUGGGCAAAAUUCUGCUCAAUGCCCGAUGAUGCCCGCUUAAUGAUCGCCGUCAGUGGUAUCCCAGGCUCCGGCAAGACAGCCCUUGCCAGCAUGAUGACCCAACAAAUCAACAAGAUCUACGCCUCAGAGAACCCCAGCUCAACACCAAUCGCUACUGCAGUCCCAAUGGACGGCUACCACCUCACCCGAGCCCAGUUAUCUGCAAUGACAGACCCGGAACACGCAUUCGCGCGCCGAGGCGCAGCCUUCACCUUUGACGGAGAGAAAUUCUUAGAGCUUGUUCAAGCGCUACGGAAACCGUUGACAUUGGCCUCGACGGCCUUGUACGCUCCCAGCUUCGAUCAUGCAAUUAAAGAUCCUGUUGAUGACGAUAUUCCCAUCCCAGCAUCUUGCCGGGUAAUUUUCUUUGAAGGGAAUUAUUUAAGUCUAAAUAAGGGGCCGUGGAAUUUGGCGGCUGGAUUGAUGGAUGAGUUGUGGUUUGUGGAUGUUGAUUUUGAAGUUGCGAGAACUAGGCUCGUUAAGAGGCAUGUUAAGGCCGGGAUUGCGAAGGAUGAGGCGGCGGCUGAUAAGAGGGUUCGAGAGAAUGAUUUGGUUAAUGGGAAGGAGAUUGUGGAUUGUAGGUUGCCGAUCCAGGAGAUGGUUUCGAGUAUUUAUGAUCCUACGUGGGAGAAGUCAUAG